GUUUUACUUCACUAAUGUUUCACCUUGAAACCGAAAGCCUCGUUGCUGUAUUCAACUGGUCUUUAAUUUUCAGUAAUUAUUCUAACUGUUUUGGAUCAACUUCUAUUGGCCACUCACUUUCAUCACCCUUUCUCAAUGCGAAAGAUUGACACCCUUAAUAUUUUCACGGGUUUUGACGUUGAAUUUACUUGUUGAUCAGAACAUUUAGAAGCGUGAAUACAGAAUUUAAACGACUCAUCGCAUCGUGUAUGGCAUCAGUUACUCGAAAAAAGCUUGUUGUUGUUGGAGAUGGCGCGUGCGGAAAAACAUGUCUUCUAACCGUCUUCUGCAAAGGAGAGUUCCCCAGUUUAUAUGUUCCGACGAUUUUUGAAAGUUUUGUUUCGGAGAUGCAAAUUAAUAAUAAGCGUGUUGAACUAAAUUUGUGGGAUACAGCUGGGCAAGAAGAUUAUGAUCGACUACGUCCACUCUCUUAUCCUGACACAAAUGUCGUCGUGCUUUGUUUCAGUGUAGACAAUCCUGACAGCUUGGACAAUAUCAGCACAAAAUGGAUGCCUGAAAUCAGGAAUUUUUUGCCAAAUAUCCCUGUAAUACUUGUUGCAAACAAAAAAGAUUUAAGAAAUGAUUCUUCAACAAAAAGGGAACUUCAGAGAAUGAAACAAAAACCUGUUACAGAAUCCGAAGGGAGAAGUGUAGCGAAAGUUAUAGGGGCACAGGCAUAUAUUGAAUGUUCAGCUAAGCAAAAGGAAGGCGUUAAUGAUGUAUUUGAAACUGCUGCUAGAAUAGCUACAGAAUUCAAGACAAAAAAACGCUUAUGUACGAUUACAUAAUACUGAAGUUGAUUCUCAAUGAUAAACAACACAAACAUUCAUCGUCGUUUUAUCUUUUGCACGUAGUCUUACAUUCACCGGCCAAUAAUUAUUACUUCUUGAAGAACUUACAUAUAUGAUGUGUUUUAUAUGUUACGAUGUAAUGCAAACAUGUUAUAAAAACUUUUUCCGUCAGUAUAACUAGGUUUUGUGCUUUCUGACAGUGCAGAAACAUUUUUUCGUUGAUAUUUUUUGCAGUCAUAUGCAUAUUAUUAUUGGUUUACACCUAAAUCUCCACCUGUAUGUUUUAAAACAUUAAUGUAUGAAUUUUUGCUUGGCUUUUGUAGCUCAUUGUCAUUGGGAUAGGUUUGGCAAGACACUUUGAUAAGAGUAAAGUUUUUAAGAUUUACCGUAUUGCAUUUCUUUGGUAAAUCAUUUAUUAUAAUAACAUAUGUACAUAUCGUUAACACAAACUUCACUUUUAUUUGACUUUUUGAUGAAGAUAGUUUUUAAGUCUUAA